AAAGUAGCAUUCAGAAGUUCCAUUAUGGAUUCCCUCUCUGAAGCAAAUGGUCCCUUUGCCAUUAACCUUUUGAAAAAAUUGAGUGAAAAAGAUAACUCACAAAAUGUGGUUUUUUCUCCCCUGAGCAUCUCAUCUGCCCUUGGCAUGCUUUUCCUAGGCGCCAAAGGAAACACAGCAGCCCAGAUCAUAAAGGUACUUUCUUUAAACAGAGGUGGGAACAUCCACAAGGAUCUUCAGGCACUUUUCACUGAAGUGAACAACUCUAGUACCAAGUACUCACUGAGAACUGCCAACAAGCUUUUUGGAGAAAAUACUUAUGAUUUCCUCUCUACAUUUAAAGAAACUUGCCGAAACUUCUACAGUGUGGAGCUGGGAGAACUUUCCUUUGCUAAGGCCCCAGAGGAGUCCAGAAAACAUAUAAAUGCCUGGAUAGCAGAGAUGACUGAAGGUAAGAUUGCAGAGAUGUUACCUAGCUCUUCAGUCGAUCCACUGACUAGACUGGUCCUUGUGAAUGGCAUCUACUUCAAAGGGAAGUGGAAUGAACAGUUUAAGGACAACUAUACAAGGGAGAUGUUUUUUAAAACCAGAAAGAAUGAGAAAAAGCCAGUGCAGAUGAUGUUUAAGGAAGCAGCAUUUAAAAUGGCCUACCUAAAGGAAGUGUCCACCAAAAUCCUGGAGCUCCCCUAUGUGGGUGAGGAGCUGAGCAUGAUCAUCAUGCUUCCUGAUGAAAACAUUGAUUUAAAAAAGGUAGAAGAAGAAUUGACCUAUGAGAAAUUUGUAACCUGGACCAGACCAGACAUGAUGAAGAGAACAGAAAUGGGUGUGUUUCUCCCCAGAUUUAAACUAGCAGAGCAUUAUGACAUGGUAUCUCUUCUUCAAAGUUUUGGAAUACUGGAUGCUUUUGAAGGAGGCAAGGCUGACUUUUCUGGAAUGUCAUCUCAAGGAGGCCUUGUUUUGUCCAAGUUCCUGCACAAGUCUUAUGUGGAAGUCGAUGAAGAAGGUGCUGAGGAAGAUGAUGCUGCAAUAUUCCGAGUGCCCCUUUGUGGACAAAUUCUGCCAACCUUCAUCCCUGAUCAUCCCUUUCUUUUCUUUAUCCGGCACAACAAAACCAACAGCAUCCUCUUCUGUGGCAAAUUUUCUUCUCCAUGAAUAUAUGCAAUUACUUUGCUUAUAAUCCAUUUACUUUUGCUACUUCUUUG